AUUUUGUAGUUUCGGCAUUGCAGAAUAAUCGACGUUUUUAAAAGGGUCUUUUCAAAACUUGACUUUUCAUCUUUUAUAAGAUGUCCAUUUGUUUCUAGGACUGAUCACAUAGAGAAUUUUGAAAGGACUGGUACUGGAACUUUAAGUGAUUUCAGUUUGAGGAAAAAUCCAAAUGUGACUGAUGAAGAUAUUCAAGCCUAUCUUAAUGUGACAAACAAUAUCACCAAAUUGGAUUUGUAUGGCUGCAAGAACCUUACUGAUAAAUCAUGUGAAAAGCUUGUAAUCUCGUGUUCAUCUUUAGUUAAAUUAGAUAUUGGAUCUUGUCAGUUUACUGACAAAUCUUUGAAGGCCAUUAGCAAGUACUGUGGUAAUCUUGAAUACAUCAACAUUUCCUGGAAUGACAAAAUUACUGAUGAUGGAGUUGCUGCUUUAGCUCAAGGUUGUCGAAUUUUGGAGACUUUCAUGUGCAAGGGCUGCUCUGUAAUUUCAGAUGCAGCUCUUCAAAAUUUGGCCUUUCUCUGCCCAUAUAUAAAAGUCAUCAACUUGGGGUUUAUGGAUAUAACAGAUGAAACUGUGACUUGUAUAAGUAAUAACUGUAUUCUUCUGCAACAUUUAUGCUUAGAAAACUGCAGAAACCUGACAGAUUCAUCUUUGUUUGCACUGGCAAAACGUUGCAAGAAUUUGAAGAUACUGGAAGUUGCUCGCUGUUCUAAAUUCACAGAUGAUGGAUUUGAGGCUCUUGCAGCUAAUUGCCCCUUUCUUGAAAAAAUGGAUUUGGAAGAUUGUGUUUUGAUAACUGAUAAAACUCUGAAUUGUCUUGCUACUGGUUGUCCAAGAUUACAAGUACUGUCCCUUUCUAGCUGUAAGUUGAUUACAGAUGAAGGUGUCAAUCAUCUCAGUCAAGGAGCUUGUGCUAUAUCAUCUUUGACUAUGCUUGCACUUGACAACCUACCAUUUUUGACAGACCAGUGCAUUGAUUAUCUACUUUGCAUGAAGAAACUGGAAAAAGUAGAACUGUUUGAUUGUGGGCUGAUUACUACAAAUGGAAUGGCCAAACUUGAUAACCAUCCAUCUCAAAAGUUGAAAAUACACGCUUUCUACAAACCUAUACCAAAAAACAAUUUCAAUAGUUGGUGUUUCCUCUACUCUGACGUCAUCAUGGUUGUUAUCUUUGUACUGAUAUUAAUAUCAUGUUUAAUUCUGGUCACUUUAACAUACGGUUAUUUCACUUUUUUCAAUUAUUUUUCAAGAUAAAUUUCUUUCUUUUAUUGCU